AUGUCAAGGUCCAAGUGGGAACAGUUCAUCCGACGAUGUCUCCUUCACCGGACCCAUGGAGACGAGUUCAGAGAGCUCGCAGAAUUCAUGAAUGAGAAGUACCAGAUCUCUGGCAGGCUACUGAUCCAAAUCAUCGUGAAUUGUCGACAAGCCUUCUCCAUCUCCUCAGACCCACUCAUUCCCCAAUAUAUUCGGGCUGGUAUUACGUGUGGUCUGUCCAAGACUUCUGAUGUGCUCUAUGUGCUUAUCCAGAACUGGAACAGCGUCUCACCAGAGCAAGGGCUGUCUGCGGAGUCGAAGCAGCCUGGGUGUCUGUCUUCACCCGACGCUAUCAUCAUCAACGACCUGGCACUGAUCGUUGCCUCAAAUGCAACGUCUCACAAUUCCUCCGAAAUCCGCAGAAGUCUGUCAUUCACCUCAAGAUGGCUUCUAGCGCUGAUCGAAUGGAUUUCUGGUGACGGAGAGAACAGGUCAUAUCUUGCAAUUCUGACCCUGCUGGAAGCUCUGGGAAUCCUUUUCGCAUCAAUAGCCUCUACCGAACAAGGCAUAUUGCUGCUGGGCAGCCAAGAUGAUCCAGAUCUCAGGCAGCUGGUUGUAGAGGCUUUGGACACAGUGUUACCGCUUCUGACUAGUAUAUCAAUACAACUUCAUUCUCGUCUCGACAUGAUCCAAAAGCAUUUCCACCUUUUCCGAACCGGAUUUCCGAAAGAAGUGACGCAGCCGAUGCAAAAUGUGCAACAAACGCCUGAAACCCUACAGUUCGAGGCGAAUACUGUAGAUGACUCGAACGUUCAUGCUCGAGCAAGUCUAUACAUAUACUUGAAUGGAGCCCUUUGUGGACGACCUAUGCUAGAUGAUUCCUCCUUGAUAAGCUAUCUGAAUGUGCGAUUUGCAGGAGAUCAUGUUUCAAUGUUCAUCGAUAUAAUUGUCGCCGCAUUCGACGUGCUCUCGAAUGGGCAGGCUAGAUCUGAAGGGGAGCAGGCCAUAAACCUCUACCGGUCAUUCCUAGCGAACAGACUUCCACCCAUACUCUGUUUGAUCUCGACUUCUUCAUUGGAGCCCGUUCCGGUAAGUCUGUGCAUAUCUCAAGCCCUUGGUCGUAUAGACCUUGGUGCGUUUCCUCUCUCGGCUUACGAUAUGGGUGGACGUUCGUCUUUUGCGGGAGUUCGUCAGGAGUUUCUAUUUGCAUGCGCCCUCCAUCGUUUAAUACCGGAGGCGGGCGUCGAAGAUCUCCUGGGAGAGAAACCUAUGCAGAGUCUUCCAUCUCAUGGUCUCUACGAGAAGGAUCAGCUUGUCCAGCAGAUCAGUGCCAACGCUCAAAGAGCAGAACAGCUGAUAAAGGAGAUUGAGCUGAUGGAAGGCAAUGCUGGCGCAAUCGUCGCAGCCAUCAUUGAACUCAUGCAUUCCCAUUGUCGAAACAGAGAGACCGUACCACUUAAGGAUUUGUGCAACCUGAUAGUGCGGAAGCCUCCAGUAAUUGACGUGAUGACUCUGUUUAGAAGUCCAGGUCACAUACUUAGCCCGUUGUGCUCGCUCUUGGAUAACUGGAACUGGGACGAGCUUCAUGGAGAAAGUCAACCUGUUUACGAGGAGUUUGGAGCUAUUUUGCUCCUCGUUCUUACAGCCACGAGUCGAUACGAACUUACAUGCUCGGAAAUUGGCGCUACUAGCUCAUCAUCAUUCAUUAGACAGCUUUUUCAGUUGGAAGCGAACGAGCAGUCUCUCGAUGAUCUUGACGAACCAAAGAGGAAGCACCUUGGAAACUGGAUUGCAGCGUUAUUCGUGGCUGACUCUCUCAGCGAUGAGCUUACUUCCUCUUGCAGUCCACACGAUUUCUAUAAACUUGUGCCAACUCUAUUGCACCAGAGCUUAGAAGCUUGUGCGAGCGGAAAACUGAACAUUGAAACUCUGAAAUCCGGGUUCGAUUAUUUACUGGAACCUUUCCUCCUCCCGUCGCUCGUCGUAAGCUUGCAGUGGCUUGCUAGUCAUCUGUGGCAGACGACCUCUGGAACCAAGGUCACAUUACCACUUAUUUCGUCAUUAAUCAAACCGCCGUCGUCAAGCGAGGCACGAGAGAUACAUAAGACAGUCCUAUCGAUGGUAGCUGACCCUCUACACCUUCAGCUGCAGGCAAUUGCAGAUAAUAACCCUCAGAAGCGGGUUGCUUUAGCCAUCGCGGAAGCUCUUAAUCCAUACCUAACGCAUAAAUGGAGGGUCAACUGGAAGUCCGAAGAUUUACAACCAUUGACUGCCUCGCCUGGAGGUCUUCUCAUAUCUAUCUGCCGAAUGUUUCACCAACUUCUGGACUGGAGCACGUCCCUCGAAGUUAAUGCCAGCCCACCAAAGUUUACUUUCAAACAUGUCUCUGCGGCAUUACACUUGCAUGGAGCGCCCAAGGUGCUUCUGGUCUAUUUGAAAGAGACCAAGUCGCUGGUUGGAACAGAGAAACUCGAAGCCGGCCUUGACAUGCUCACUUCCAUCAUCUGUGCGCCAUUUGCAGAUACUUAUGCAUCCACACACUGUCUUUCGUUUCGUGACGCCCUAAAAAUCCAACAUGCGAAUUUGGUGAAGACUCUCAAAGCGGGCGAUACGCUAUUUGCGGAACUAGUUGUCCGGCUUCAUCGCAAGGUAGAAGCUUUCUCAGCAACAGCUCCCCAGCAAGAAAUGGCCAUUGAUCCUACAAAUGCGAUUAGUCAGGAAAUAUCGAACAUAGAUUUGCAGAACAUCAAUCUAGAAGCAGCAGCAGAAAAUGCUGAAAUAGAUGUUGGCGCUCUGGGGGUGCAGCCGACCUCGGAUGACAUCGAUCAGAUACUGGAAGGUGCUGCGGGCAUGGAGAAUUUUGGAACAAACACUAUGGGCUCUGGAACAGACGACGUGUUUGGUUUGGAAGGAGGCGAUAUGCAGAUGAUGAAUUUUGAUGAUAUGGAUCUGGAGGGGAUGUUUUGA